GCUUCAGACUCGCCCGCUUUUUGAGUCACACACUGGAACUAACAUAGCCGGAGUUUUAAAAGCGGCUAUACAAGAGUGGGAGCUUGAAAGGGCUCCUAGUACUGCUGUUGUUAGUGACAACGCACGCAACAUGGAGGUGGCAGUGAGAGAAGCCGGGUUGUCACCGCAUAUUAAGUGUUUCGCGCACACAUUGAAUCUUGCGUCGCAAGCAGGUUUAAAUGUUUCUCGCGUCAGUUGCUUGCUUGGUCGCGUGAGAAAAGUCGUGGCUUUUUUUCACCGCAGUGCCACAGCAACAGCUGUGCUCGCGGAAAAGCAAAAGAUGCUUGAGAUCGCAUCACAUAAGCUUAUCAUGGAUGUGGUAACACGAUGGAACAGCUCCAUGGAUAUGCUGGAACGCUAUCUCGAGCAACAAGCGGCUAUAACGGCAGCUCUCUUGAGCACAGAGGUGCGCAAAAAUGCCCGUCAACUUGAUACUCUGGAUAGCAACGACAUCACUGAUGCAGAAGAAAUAGUAAACCUUCUUAAACCUCUAAAAAAAGCCACCACUGUCCUGUCUGAUGAAAAGAGCGCCACCCUGUCACUCAUUGUGCCCUUGAAUUCCAUGAUGGAGCAGAGCAUGACACUGGACGAGAAAGACUCCACAACUAUAGCUAACAUGAAAGCAGCCAUCCUGCAAAACCUCUCAGGCAGAUACACAGAAGUACAGGAUUAUCUGCUAGAGAGUACUGCACUGGACCCCAGAUUUCGAUCAUUGCCCCACCUACUCCCUGAACAACGCGAAGAGGUUUUCCACCGGUUGAUGGACAAAUCAAACCAGUUACAGCAGGCUGUGGAGCAAUCAGAAAAGAGGGAGGGCGGUGCCAGUGAUGGAGAUCCCACUGAUGCAGCAGAGAAGAGAGAGACAACACAGAGAGUCGAGCAAGAACAGCCACCACCUAGCAAAAAGACAGCACUGGAAGAUCUCCUUGGUGCAACUUUUUCUAAACCAACAGUCACUCAGUCCAAAUGUAGGAUGGAAGUAGAGCUUGACGUGUACAAAAAGGACACUUCUAUUCCCCUCACUAGCUGUCCACUGAAAUGGUGGAAAGAACACGCUCAAACGUACCCACUUCUUUCCUCUCUUUCCAAGGCUUACCUAACAGUUCCAGCAACUUCUGUUCCCAGUGAACGUGUUUUUUCUACAGCAGGGGAUAUUGUGAAUGCUCAAAGAUCCCAGCUUCUGCCUGAAAAUGUAGAUAUGCUGUUUUUUUUGCAAAAAAACCUGUAGGUAACCUAAACAAACCCUAGUCUUUAUGUUGAACUUACUUGAACAGA